AUGAUCUGGGGUCUAUUACUGAUCUUCCUGGUAGAGCCAGUCUCUGCUUUCGCGCCCUACCAGUACCAACAGACUCCCUUUGUUCAUCAGCAAUAUGGAAAUAAUAAUAAAGGACUGCCACUUCUAGUGUUAUCGGCCAAAGAUGAUGCUGCUAAGGAGGAAGAAGAAGAACCACCCAAGAAGGAAAAUCCCUACAAUGAUCCCAAUUAUCCAGACUUGGAGUUUGUGGAUUAUUCCGAUCCCGAGUAUCAGGUGGAUCAGGGAAUUGGGGAUGAGUUCUUUGACCCGACAUCCACCGAAGCGCAGAUUGAAGAAAUGAGAGAAGAUAGACGUCGUCGCAAUGACGAAUUCCAGUUCCAAACAUACUUUCAAGAUCUGCUCACUAACGGACGCGAAUACAAGGGAGAAUGGGCCGUUUAUCAGACAUCCACAUUCAUGGACCAAUUGAAGGAUAAGGUAGAUGCCGUCCAUGGAUUGCCGCGUCUUUUGAAAUCCAGUAGACCCCUAUACGUCACAUCCAAAGCAUACAAGAGUACCGUAGAAACCACUUCACAAUUCCCAACUGAUGCCGAACGCAUUCAUCAUGUCGAAACGGUAGCCGAAACUAAUCCCUACUCAAACAAUAGUGACGAUGAUGACGAUGAUGAAAUCACGUCACAAGCAGAGGAAGAACUCAAUCAAGUCAUUCUCCAAUCCACUUAUUGGCCGGAACCCUUGAGUGCCUUGGAUUUUCGCGGAGAGAAAGGAACCAUGUGCGUGGGAGCGGCAUAUACAAUCUGCAAUUGUGUCGCUCUUGGUAACGAUGAUGAGGUAGAUGGUAUGCAAGGGCCCUUUGCCGAGUAUAGGGCAGAAAUGGGGAUUCUGGACAGUGGUUUACGCUUCCGUGUCAAACUGGAUUAUCGCAUUCAAGAGGAUGCCAAGGAGGAAUUCUUAAAGAGCAGCAGUCAAGAUGAUGCUGUCGCACCACCCUUGUGCCUCAAAUCCAUGGUCGUCUGCCGAGAAAUGCUGGAACAGUGGCCACCCACCAAUAGUGAUGCUAGUAGUGACGACGACGAGAGUCAGGAUCUCUCCUCCGCGUCGGAUCAGGCCAUUGACAAUGUUUUCUAUGGAACACCUGGGGCACCGGGAGGACUCUACGAUCCACCACCGGUUGGUUCGGAAGAUCAGGCUGGGAAAUACAUGUUAUUGGAUUUGGACGGCGGAGCUACCAUUCUGUUCCCAUAUGAAAUGCAGCAGGAUCCAGCCGCCUUUGAUGGAAAUGGAUGGGUCACCAGCUUGGACUGGACACCAGGAAGGUAUCGAUUUCAAGCGGAUCGAAAGGUUCAGGGUGGUCUGGAAAUCAGAAACCUGCGCACUCUAGAGCUCAGUGAAGUUCAGAGUGCUGAUGCCGAUCAAUACCGACCGCGGGAUGGUGGUUCGGACAUGAGGCAAUGA